GGGAAGAAGGGUGCCCGGGGCUCCUUGGGAGAGGCCGGCAUGCCUUGGGGGGGCAGCACCCCAGCCUCCCAGCUGUCGGGCUGGCCCUCCACAGCUCAGAGCCCCCCCCAGAGCUCAAAGGGGUGGAUGCACAGGGAAAGGAGGGCGGGUGGAGGGGGAGAAGAAUGUCCCCCCCCCGGGCUAGCCUCUCAUCCUCUCUGCUCUCCCAGAGACGCCUGAAGGAGGCUGCCGUGGUCCUCGGAGGAGGUGGGACGAUCUUCGCCUCCUAUCUGGUGGCGGCGGGAGACGAGGACUUCUACGCCGCGCGGCUGAUGCCGGUGCUGCAAUGGCUGGUGGGCCCGGAGACGGCGCACACCCUGGCCGUGCGCCUGGUGGCCCUGGGGGUCGUCCCCUGGUGCGGCCGCCACGUGGAUUCGGAAGCUUUGGAAGUUCAAGUCUUUGGGCGCCGGUUCCGGAACCCCGUGGGACUGGCCGCGGGGUUUGACAAGCACGGAGAGGCAGUGGAUGGUCUGUUCAAGAUGGGCUUCGGCUUCGUGGAGGUCGGCAGCGUCACGCCGGAGGCCCAGGAAGGGAACCCUCGGCCUCGGGUCUUCCGCUUGCCGGAGGAUCAGGCUGUCAUCAACAGGUACGGCUUCAACAGCCACGGCCACGCGGUGGUGGAGCGCAGGCUUCGGGCCCGGCAGGAGACUCAGCGGCAGCUCAGCGAAGCCGGGAGGCCCCUCGGGAUCAACCUCGGCAAGAACAAGGCCUCGGUGGAUGCCGUGGCGGACUACGCUGCAGGGGUGCGAGCGCUGGGCCCGCUGGCCGACUACCUGGUGGUGAACGUCUCCAGUCCCAACACCCCAGGGCUCCGGACCCUGCAAGGCAAAACGGAGUUGCGCCUCCUGCUGGCCAAGGUGCUGGCGGAGAGGGAUGCCCUGGCCUCGGAGCCCAAGCCAGCCGUGCUGGUGAAAAUUGCACCAGACCUCACCGCUCAGGACAAGCGGGACAUUGCUAGUGUCAUCUGCGAGCUCGGCGUUGAUGGGCUGGUCGUCACUAACACGACCGUGAGCCGCCCGAGGACUUUGCGCGGGGACCUGCGCGGCGAAGCAGGGGGGCUGAGCGGGGCCCCGUUGCGCCAACUCUCUACUCAGACGGUCAGCGACAUGUACCAUCUCACCCAAGGCCGAGUGCCCAUUAUUGGCGUGGGCGGGAUCAGCAACGGGCAGCACGCCUUAGAGAAGAUCCGGGCGGGCGCCUCCCUGGUGCAGAUGUACACGGCCCUCACCUACCGAGGCCCACCUGUGGUGCAGGCUGUGAAGCGUGAACUGGAGGCUCUGUUGAGGGAACAGGGAUUCCAGAAUGUCCAAGAAGCCGUGGGAGCAGAUCACCGCCUCUGAGGAUUUGCGGCCGGGCCUCGCUCUGGCAGUGGUACGACCGACCGACCGGCCGCCUGCCCCCUCCAGGUGGGCCCUCUGAUGCUGGAUUGCCAGGAAGAGCAAAGGGGGCGAGGAGCACCCCCUCUCUGAGUCACCUCUGGACUAGGAACCCACCACCUCUGUGUCAGAGCCUUCCGGGAAGAGGGUUUGCUACCGAGCCGGCACGGGCUGCCAACUCUGCUGGCAAGGAAAGGCGGAAAGACCUCGUUCCCUACCCGCUACCCCUCGCUGUCCUAGGACUUCUCUAGAGGACCUCUUCCCCUGCACACUUGACUUCCUGGAAGGGACAGGACGUAGCGUAGAGCAGGCCCGGAGGAGGAGCGACGCAGGCUGCUUCGGCUUAAGUUGUCACAAGCAAGUCCGAAGGCGAGCGUUUUGAUUUCCUUCCAGAGGAAAAAAGAGGGAUGGCCACAAAAGGAAAAACCAUCAGGGCCUUAAAAUGGUUGGGCUUGGAGGAGAAAUGUCCUCCUUGGGGAGGGGAGCACCUCGGGGAGACUUUGAGGGCUCCGACAGGAUGAAACCCACCCUCUGGAGGUAGAACUUGUAAGCUGGCUUGGGUCUUGCAUCCGUUAUUGAUUUAUUUGCCCCCUUUCUGGCUCGCUUGUCUUCCAGUGAGCUCAAGGAGCGGAGUGUGAUUCUCCAUCCCGGUUAUUGGCCUGAGAUCACCCAGUGGGCUUUAUGGCCGAGCAGGGAUUCACAACCCACGUCUCCCGAGUCGCCAUCCUGUGCUCUCCACCAGUAAUACCACGCUGUCAGGCGCUGUGAGUUAUGCAGGCUUUCCAGAGGAAAGAUGUCCGGCUGGAAGUGGAAAACCCAUUUCACGGCCUGCCGGCUCCAAGGCACGCAGACACUCCGAUGGGGGCCGUCUUCUCUCGCUUGCCUCUCACCCGGCUGGUGGCUGAGCUGACGCAGUUGAGGAUCAGAGAGAAAGCGAGAGAAUGCUAAUACCCGCACCGUGUUCUCUGCACAUUGAAGGCACCCCACUUGUGUAUCCUCCUCUACACACAUGCACCCCAAGGCUUCCAACAGGAGCCAAAGGAGAUUCUUGGAGGAAGGAAGUGACCCAAGGACCUAAAUCAAAUGGCGUUUCAUAAAACCGCUUGGUAGGACCAGCUCUCCCGGCUGGAUAAGUCCAGGGUCCAAAGCCCUCGUCUUGGCUUUCCAGAACCAGUCCUGGAAAUUCUCAGCCCCAGUUGCUGUGGCCAGGGAGUGGAGGAUCGAGGAUCCUUCUGAAGGGGGCCACCUAAGGAGGUGCUUGGACUGAAUUCCAGCUGGCACCGGCCUGCCCUGCUGGGAGGGAGGGAGGGAGGGAGGGAGGGCUUGAUUCUGGGACCGGUUGUCGGGAAAGUCAGUGACCUUUUCAAGGCUGGCUGUUGCAGGAAACGGUGCGUAAGGCAACACCUGAGCCAGGUUUAUAAGGGUUCCUCCACCCGGACGGUGUGACAAGGGG